AUGAAAAAUCUCGAAAGCGUGUUGCGGAUAUUACUCGUUCUGCGCUCUACGCUCGUGCUCUCUUCCGCUGUCCCUAUCGCGAAGGAAACGCGCUUGGUUCAGACAGAAUCUGGCCUUGUGUCGGGAAUCCGAUUACUGGAGAGCGGUCGUGAAGUGGAUGCAUUCCUUGGGGUACCCAAUGCAGAGCCCCCUGUCGGACAGCUCAGGUUCAGAAGACCUCAACCGAAACUUCCGUGGGAAGGAGUGUACAGCGCUACAAAUCUCGUGUUUGUUACAUUCAACUAUAGGUUGAGCAUUUUUGGAUUCCUUUCUAAUGAAAGUCCAGAGGUCCCUGGCAACAUGGGUUUUUGGGACCAGAACCUUGUACUUCGAUGGGUUCACGGAAAUAUUGAGAACUUCGGCGGAGAUCCCAGUGACGUAACGUUGAUCGGCCACAGCACCGGAGGCACCUCUGCCGGUUUUCAUACUGUGUCUCCACACAGCAAGGGACUCUUCAGGAAGGUCAUUAUGCAAAGCGGCAUUCCACUCUCUUCUUUGGUCCGUGUGACACGCAGCGGAAUUCCAAGCAUUACUAGCGUCGCUAAAAACUUGGGCUGUCUGCAGCCAGUUAUAAACUUGGGAGAAACUUUUACAAACGUAGCUGCAUGCCUCAGAGAUCUGAAUGCGACGUUCAUCUUCGAGGCGUUGUAUAGACAAGACCCGUCAAAAAGAUUAUUUUCACCAUCUACAGAGACGAGUUUCUUCCAAAUGACCCCUUAUCAAGCGAAACCUGGAAGGCAAUGGACAUUGAACAAAUUUUAUUAG